ACAAGUUUGACUGUGAUGGGUCCGCCGGACAAUUGUGCAACCAGUCCAUAUGCGAGAUCCGUGAGGAUCUCUAACUUGACUGGGGUAAAGUAUUUUAGGGCUAUAGCAAACUAGUUGGCAGUGCUAAUCAUAUAUCAGCAGGAUCAUACCUGGGCUUAAUAAUAAUCAAGAACUUGCGUUACCACUAGUACCUUCAGGUGAUCAGUAUCCAUGAUGUCUCGCGUAGAACUGGCAGUUGGUUGGAUGUUCGGAAUGCUUACUAUACUUGCCACCAUGUGGCAUGCUAACAUCAGAAUGCAACCGGCAGAACAUCAAUCUAUAGAAUACACUUACGCUGGUGACGAUUACCCAUGGGAAUUUCCUGUCGAUCUCGCCCAUGAAGCCGUCGCGAUGACUCUUCACGAGAGUGUGCAUUUUGCUCUAAACGCAUCUGACACAGAAUCUCAACUGGAGUGGGAGACCCUCCCAAGUUGGCCAAAAAUAGCUGGUCUCACCCAUCUAGGACCAGAGCAGCGACCUUUCAUGCUGGUCUUCGGUCAUCAGCUUCAUUGUUUAUGGAUGCUGCAGGAAGCUCUCCUCGACUACGGCCGUGACGAACCCCUGACCGAUUAUCAUCACGCACAUCACCAUCACUGUCUCAAUUAUUUUAGGCAGACUCUUAUGUGUGAUUCUGCACAUACGUUGGAAAUGGGUGACUUUAUGAAAGUUGAUUACGAGAAGGAUAGAAUGGGGGACACAUUAGUGUGCAGGGACUGGAGUAAGGUCAUUUCUGUAUCUGAAGAGUACCACGAGAAGUGGUUGCAGUGGAGGACGCAUUGGGACUGAACUGACACACUACUUCGUACGCUUCAACCUGUUCACUGAAUGUAUCCGCAGAACUUAGUACUGUCUUAUAUUACGGAGUUGCAUAACCUAAGUUGUCUCAAGGGAAAAGCCCUGCCUGCAAAUUACUUAUGCGUCUUCCCAAUGUUAACUUUUUGGUAGAACAAUUCUUCUUUG